AUGGGUUUGGAGAAUUAUAAGGCCAUCAUAGUUAUGGUAGGGUGCCAGUUUCUAUAUGCAGGAGUUGCUCUAACUGGAAGAGAAGCUCUUUUGCAGGAUUUUAGCUCUCGAGUGUUUGUUGUUUACAGACAAUUUACUGCUUUCUUGCUUAUUGCUCCUUUUGCUUUUUUCUCAAGGCGAGGAACAAAUGCGUGUGGUAUGACCUGGAAGGGCUUCUUCUUGAUAUCUUUGCUGUCUUUCAUUGGUGUAACAUUCAGCCAGAACCUAUAUUACGAGGGAUUGUACUUAUCCUCAUCCUCUGCAGCUAGCGCUUUGGGCAAUGCGGUUCCUGCCAUAACCUUUACUAUAGCUUAUUUCUUAGGGAUGGAAAAAGUAAAUCUUGGAAACGUGAGAAGUUUGUGCAAGAUUUUGGGAACAUGUGUAUGUGUAAGUGGCGCUGUUGUAAUGGCAGUGCUAAAAGGACCAAAAUUAAUGAACAUGGAGUUGUUGCCAAAUAAUUCAAUUGGAGAAGAAAACAGAUGGUUGAUUGGCUGCUUAUCUCUUCUUGCAAGCACCACUUGCUGGUCCCUUUGGGUUAUCUUGCAGGUUUAUGUAACAGCUCACUAUCCAGAUAAUCUCUCAUUAACGGCAUGGAUGUGCUUAAUCGCAGCCGUCCAAUCCGCCGUCUUGACAUUCAUCAUCGAGCCUGAUUUGAACACGUGGAAACUCACCUCCUCUUUGCAGUUUUUUUGUUGCUUCUACGCUGGUGUGGCUUCGGCAUUGACAUUCUUAGGGCAAGCAUGGUGCAUAGGCAUGAGAGGGCCUCUUUUUUCAGCCAUGUUCAAUCCUCUUUGUACAGUCAUAGUCACAAUAUUUGCCUUCAUUUUCAUGCAUGAAGAGUUGUACAUCGGAAGCCUGACCGGUGGAUUGGCGGUGAUAAUUGGAUUGUAUGUGGUGCUAUGGGGCAAGGCAAAAGACUAUGAAGAAAUCAAGGAAGAAGAUACUACUACUAAAAAGCACCAAAAUAAUGUUUAUGGGCAAAAUGAGGCCAUCACUAGUGUUGACUUGGAGCAGCCCCUUUUGUCUGAUAAUUGA